AUGAGGUUCCACUUAAAUAGUUUCAAGUAUUUAUCGGUGUUAGCUACAUUUCUUGUUUGUUUUCAAUGCGUACUUUUCUUUGUGGAGUCGUCUACUCGGAGCAUUGAGACAGACAUGGAGGCUCUAAUCUCAUUUAGGUCCCAAAUAAGCCUAGACCCUCCAAACCCUCUAUCUUCUUGGAACCAAAACUCAUCCCCUUGUAACUGGACGGGGGUUGUCUAUAAUAAAUUCGGCCACAGGGUGGUAGGUCUCAAUCUGUUCAAUCUUGGGCUUCUUGGGUCCAUAAGCCCUCAAAUUGGCAAUCUUUCCUUCCUUCAAUCCCUUCAACUUUCAAACAAUCAACUUAAAGGAACAUUUCCGCGGGAAAUCUCUAAUCUUUUUCGCUUGAGAGUCCUGAACCUGAGUUCCAACAGCUUAGAAGGUUCAAUACCAUCGAACAUAAGCAAUUUAAGGGAGCUUAGAGUUCUUGACUUGAUGAUGAAUAAGAUUAGAGGAAGAGUUCCUGAAGAACUCACCUUUCUUUCCAAGCUACAAGUUUUGAACUUGGGGCGAAAUCUUUUCUGGGGAGCAAUUCCACCAUCUUUAGCAAACCUUUCCGCUCUCACCAAUCUGAAUUUGGGCACCAACUCUCUUAGUGAUGCAAUACCAGGUGACUUGAGCCAUCUUCGGAACUUAAAGUUUCUUGAUCUCACCAUAAACAACCUCGUUGGCACAGUUCCUCCCACCAUUUACAACAUGUCUUCCUUGGUCUAUCUGGCCUUGGCUUCCAACUGGUUGUGGGGUAAAAUUCCUGCUAAUGUAGGCGAUACGCUCCCAAAUCUUAUAGGCUUCAAUUUCUGCUUUAAUAACUUCACUGGAACCAUUCCAGGGUCUUUGUACAAUCUUACAAAUAUACAAAUCAUUCGUAUGGCACACAACCUUUUAGAAGGAACAGUGCCACCAGGUCUGGGGAAUCUUCCAUCUCUCACAAUGUACAACAUUGGGUACAACAAGAUUGUAAACUCUGGUGACGAUGGUCUUGGCUUCAUCACCUCCUUGACAAAUAGCACUCGUCUCAACUUCCUUGCCUUCGAUGGCAAUUUUUUGCGAGGUGUAAUUCCAAACUUGACUCUACUAGACAUGAGCCACAACUCGAUAACUGGUGCAAUCCCACACCAAAUCGGCCAAUUGGAAGACUUGCAACAGUUGGGUUUGGCUGGAAAUAAAAUCUCUGGAACCAUUCCUGAUUCUAUCGGUAAUCUCCAAAAGUUAAAUCGAAUCGACUUGUCAGGAAAUCAGUUGGUGGGCGAAAUACCAACAACUUUCAGGAAUUUCCACGGUUUGCUUUCCAUGGACUUAUCCAACAAUAGGCUUGAUGGAAGCAUACCUAAAGAAAUUCUCAAUCUCCCAAGUUUAAGCUCUAUGUUGAAUUUGUCGCACAACUUCCUAAGCGGGCAAUUGCUUCAAGAAAUUGAGCUUCUUCGGAGUGUUGCUACAAUUGAUCUUUCCAACAAUAACUUGUCUGGCAAUAUUCCCAACUCCAUCACGAACUGCAAGAGCUUGGAGAAAUUAUAUAUAGCCAAAAAUGCAUUAUCAGGACCUAUUCCAGGAAGUCUAGGAGAAGUGAAAGGCCUAGAAACUUUAGAUCUGUCCUAUAACCGUCUUUGCGGUUCCAUUCCUCCUGAAAUCCAACAACUACAGGCUCUUAAAUCUUUGAAACUCUCCUUUAACAAUUUAGAGGGUUCAGUUCUUAGUGGUGGGAUAUUCAGAAAUGUCUCUGAAGUCCAGUUACAAGUCAGAUGGGUGCAAGUAGCAUUUCCAACCAACAUGCAAAAUGUGUUUGACCCUGACCUUCUACUGAUGGAGAAAGGUGACCAGCCUGCAAAAUUAGAAAUACAACAUGAUUGCCUGAUCAAAAUUCUUGAGGUUGGGUUAUCUUGCACCAUAGGUUCACCUGAAGGCCGCAUCAGCAUAAGAGUUGCUCUUCACGAGCUUAGAUCAGUUAAAAUCAAUCUUCUUCAUUGCAAUCCUUCCAAGAAAUCUAAGCAGUCAGUAAUGUUAUGA